AGGCACACUGAGCCAAGCGGAGCAGCAGCAGCGCAACAUUCCUCCUCUGAUCGGACUCGGGAUAGGGAUCCCUCUGUGCAUGUAAUCAACACCAUCCUCCAACAGGAGACUUCAUUCACACACACACGCACCGUAUUUCCAGACUUCCACUCCACAGCCCUUGUAUACUAAGGGAGAGUUUUACCAAAAGAAAUAAAUCCUUUUAUUUUCGCGUAUAUAUGUUCUAUUAUAAAAAGUGAAAGCAUCCUUGGGAAUUAAAGGUCUAUCAAGCUGUGGUGGUAAUGAUGUCACCUUGCUCUUUAUAAAGCCAGCCUUGCCUGCAUUUGAGAAGGUCAUUAUAUAAUUCUGGUACCAACGAGCAAAGAGUUUCCAAUGGACUUGCACAGAACAGCUUUCAAGAUGGAGAAUUCUUCCUACCUCCCUAAUCCCCUUGCAUCACCAGCUUUGAUGGUCCUUGCCUCUACAGCAGAGGCUAGCCGAGAUGCCUCCAUCUCCUGCCAGCAGCCUCGACCCUUUGGAGUACCUGUCUCUGUGGACAAAGAUGUCCACAUUCCCUUCACUAAUGGUUCCUAUACCUUUGCCUCAAUGUACCAUCGUCAGGGCGGGGUGCCAGGGGCCUUCCCGAACCGGGAUUUUCCCCCUCAGCUCUUGCACCUGCAUCAUCAAUUUGCACCUCCAAAUCUGGACUGUACCCCAAUCAGCAUGCUGAACCAUAGUGGUGUUGGGGCAUUCCGACCUUUUGCCUCCGCUGAAGACAGAGACAGUUACCAAUCUGCCUUUACACCUGCCAAAAGACUAAAGAACUGCCAUGAAACUGAAUCCCCCCAUUUGAGGUUUUCGGACUCUGAGGGCAAGGAGUAUGAGUUCACAACCCAGCUCCCAUCCAGUUCCCCCAGUUCACUGAAGCUAGAUGACACUGGAAAAAAGGUCUUUGCUGUGUCAGGUCUCAUCUCCGACCGAGAAAACUCAGCAAGCCCUGAAGAAAGUCGAAAUGAGAGAUGUAAGAAGAAAGCGACCCUGUAUGAUACUCAAGCCCCAAUAUGCCCCAUCUGUCAGGUACUGCUCCGUCCAAGUGAACUGCAAGAUCAUAUGGAACAGGAACUGGAAAAACUCACUCAGAGCAACACAUGUAAGCAUUCCAUGUUGAAGGACAGCACAAUCCAGGGGUCUGUGAAGUCUGUUCUGCUAUCAGCACCAAUUAAAAGGGAAGGGGAAUCUCCUACAGCGUCGCCUCUCUCUGCAGAUGACACUCAUCAUUCAGACAGAUACCAGACAUUUUUGCGAGUAAGGUCCAACAGGCAAGCAAGGCUGAAUGCACGGAUAGGGAAAAACAAGAGGAAGAAGGCCUCAGAGGAUGGCCAGGUAUGUCCGCUAUGCAAUGAGACGCUCUCUGGAUCUGUGGAGGAGAUGAGUAGACACGUGGAAGCCUGUCUGGACAAGAGAGAUGGCUCUUACACAAAUGAUGAUGAGUCAGUGGACAUAGAAAAUGAGAGUGGAAGUGGGAACAGAUUUGAAGAAUACGAAUGGUGUGGACAGAAGAGAAUACGAGCUACAACCUUAUUAGAAGGUGGCUUUCGAGGAUCUGGCUUUGUCACCUGCAGCAGUAAAGAGAAUCACGACAGUGAUGCAGAUCUUGAUGUGGAUGGAGAUGACACCCUGGAAUAUGGGAAACCACAGUACACAGAGGCAGACAUUAUACCUUGCACUGGAGAAGAACCAGGGGAGGCCAAAGAGAGGGAGGCACUUCGAGGUGCUGUGCUAAAUGGUGGAACCCCGAGCAACAGAAUAACACCAGAAUUUUCCAAAUGGGCGAGUGAUGAAAUGCCCUCAACAAGUAAUGGGGAGAGUGGUAAACUAGAGGUGCAGACACAGAAGACGUGUAAAAACAGCGAGAUUGAGAAGAUAUCUGAAGAUGCAACUGUAACGACAAUUGAAGCACUGAAAGCCCGCAUCCGUGAAUUGGAACGACAGCUGUCCCGUGGGGAUCGGUAUAAAUGUCUUAUUUGCAUGGACUCCUACUCGAUGCCCCUCACCUCAAUCCAGUGUUGGCAUGUUCAUUGUGAGGAAUGCUGGCUCAGAACACUGGGGGCCAAAAAGCUCUGUCCACAGUGCAACACCAUCACAUCCCCUGGAGACCUUAGACGUGUGUAUUUGUGAAGGAGUAGGAUGUGGGGAAAAAGGCCACAGUUAACCUGAGGCCAAGUUAAUCACAAUGCCUCACAACAGAAAGAGGACCAUGAACAAUUGUGGGGUGGCACCAAAAAAAUGUACAAAUAUCCCAUUUUUGUUUUUCUCUUAAGUGCGUGGAAGGAGAGAAGCCGCCCAUCCAAGAGGACAACUUGUUAAUGCUGUUUGUUGUAUUAAUAAAAAAGGAACCCCUGUCCCCCAUCCGAGUUUUAUCAGAUGAUUGAUGCCCAGAACAUACACACAAACUCCUCCAUAAACCCUGUUGACUGGAGCUACGUUUACCAGAAGACAUUCUGGGCUGUGCAUUGUGAAUGGACCUGUACUGUGUUCUAUUGUGGUGUUAUAGUGACAAAAUAAACAAAAGAUGAAGCACAUGUAAUAUAAAUUAUGUAUGUUUACACCAUUGAUUGUGUAUAAAUGGAAUAGACUUAUGAACAGUGCAUACUAAUAAGUCCUUAAUCAUUUUGAGAGAAAAAAGAGAAGAUGCAUUAAAUCUACCGUAUUUUUUACCCAGGCUGCCUAAGAUUUAAAUAUCUUGAGCGGUUGGUUAAAAAAGAACCUGGUUUAAUGAAUAAUUUUGUGGUGUAUAUUUCUCAUUCAGAUUAAAGGAACAGCUUCAGUAAUGGCUGUAAUAAUACCCAUAACUUAAAUACUAAAGGAUGUAGACAAGUUGGCUUGUCUUAGUUGUAACAAAUGGGCUACUUGUACUAGAGCCUGACCCAUUUAAAAUAUCAGGCUGCCGCAGCAGCAGACCCCUGAGGGAGAACCAGACUGACCCCUAUGUAGAGGCUACAGCCCAUUCCCUAAGGUGGAAGCUGCGUUAGUUCUUGUGGACCAGCGUUGUGCUGUGUGUCUCAGUUGUACCAGAAUAUGUAACCAGUUAUAAUGUUUGUUAUUCAUGUGAAAAGUCCUGGAAUAGACUGAAGAACUUGAAGGUAGAUUUUGAGCGGAAUGCAGAUAUUCUGUGAUUACCAGUUGCCCAUAACAGUUGGCAACCCUGCCCUCUCACAAAAUGAUAACUAAAUUGGCUUCAUUUACUGUUCCUGAAAAUCUUUCGAAUGUUGCCAGUUGUUAAAGUUUGUAUAGCCCAUCAUUAUAGGUCUCACAGUUUUAGUGUUGUCUUGUUAAUAAGGUGGUUGGACCUUGGUUGCUGAUUCUCUUUUGUAUUACAUUUAUGCUACAUUCUGGGACAGUCACUAAAAUGUGCAGCUCAUGAUAGCAUGUAAAAUGCUUGGCUCCCAAGGAAUAGAUUAUAAAGGGAGUAGAAAAAUUAAAAUUCCACUUUGUUCUUUACAAAACACAUGUGGGCCAUGACACACACAGGUCUAAAAAGAAAUACAAAUGAUAUGAAUUUAUUGUAGUAAUUGACCAUUGAUGUAAAAAAAAAUCUCCUGGCCAAAGCAAGCUAUAUGAUGACCUUUCAACAUACCCUUUUGAUGUUGGUUGGACAUAGUUGCAACUCCUUACAAUUUUAUUUCCUUUUUUUCUCUUUAAUAGCCAGUUGCUGUUUUGAUGUUUCCGAUCAUCCCUUGAGCACUAUAUUUUUAAAAACAAAUGUUGCCACAGUUCAUGUAAUAUGGCUUUAAUGGACAAAGCUUGAGAUAUCCAUUAACACACUGGCAUUUGCUAAUAAAAAGUUCAAAGUCCUUGCAGAAUAAACUGUGGUUGUCUGUGCUAGUACAGAACCAAAUGAUUUCAUUGUAAGCCAUCUCUCAAUUUGCUCUUUGCAUGUUGCUUAUUAUUCUAGGGUAUUGCUUUUGAAAAUAGACUUACAUGGCUUAUUCUCUGGCACAAGUAUAGCAGUGCAAAUGGGUUCUGGAUUAUUAUUCAGAUAGAAAUGCUAACAGUAGUGUCAGCCCAGUUGGAAACCAAAGCAAGCCAAAAAGAAAAGGCAAAAAAAAAUUGAAAAUAUUUCCUCCUUGUUGACUUGGCAUGGUGCACAUUCGCAGCAAUCUCCUUUUAUCUUUGGGUGAUGGUUUGAAUCAAUCAAUGUAAUAACUUCUUCCUAUUGAUUGUUAAGGAUCCAGAAUCAAAUGAUUCCAGUAGUCUUAAGCUAAUAUAUCCAUGAAAGCUUGGCCUUAAAUAUGGUACUAAUUUACAACCUUCCAGAUAACCCACCUAACCAUAAUUGAGCAAAGGCCAAUGAUCUUAAAUUCUGGAAGAAGGAAAGAAUACAAACUUCACAGUUGGGCAGUGAUGCCAUUUGUGCUGUGAAACUUAUAGGUCAUGUACUAAGUUAAUCAGUUAUUAUUACAUAUCCUGAUAUUGAGCCAUAAUAAUGACAUUUGCGGUAAAUUUUUAAUUAAUAAGUUACUCAUUCUGUGUAUAAGUGCAUUGUAGGGGCUGUACACCAUGGAUGGAAGCAAUUUCCCAUUUGAAUGUGUUGACCUCUAAUGGCAAUACUAACUGGGAAGAGCUGUUAGAUAUGUAACACCAGAUGAUAAAUAGCCACUUUCAGUUAGGUUCCUGGUAUGUGUUUGGCCCUUUAGCUUAAAUGUUUUGCUUUUUUCACCUUAAAAUGGGAAUGGCUCCACAUAAUGUUUUUUCAUUCUAUUUAAUGAGGCACUACCAAUUAGGGCAUUUCUUUGAGACCAAUCACAUCACAAUAGGAAAUACUGCUGUUCACAUCCUCCAUUGAGUUUCUCUUGUGGAAAUCUCAUUCGUUUGUGGUUCUCAUUAACUGUAUUGGGCAGGUUAACUGAAUGACAUACUGACCCAAAUUGUGACUGGGUGCUUGAAUAUUUUUUUCCACUUUUCUAUCCUGUGUGAUUCUUUGUAAGGAUCUCUGAGAAGAUAUGUGAAAGUAAGACAGUGUAACUCAUACUACAGUUUCUCCUCCAUCCCUGUAUUGAGGAAACUGUUCCAUUCUUUUCGGUGCCUAUUCUUGCCAACCCAGCUCAGAUCAAGAACUUACCAUGUGAGGAAUUUCAAGCUGCUUGAGUCUAGUUGUUCUUUACAUCCCCUUCCAAAAAGAAAAAGCAGAAGUAGUUCUUGUGUAAUUGUAUCAAAAUGUAUUUUGUUUUGGCAUUUUUCAAUUUGUUGAGAGCAGAUUGCAGUUGACACCUAAUGUGAUUGGCUUUAAAUUUUUGUGGUUUUCCAAUCCCAGAAUGUGCAUUGUGAGCAUCCAGGAGGCAAUUUGAUCUUCUAGUGUUCAGUGCAUACAAGAUAUUUCUUGUAUUCAAUCCUCAGGAGCUACUCUGACAUUAUGUAAUAUCCUGCUUGAAUUCUUUAAUGUAGAAAAGGGGGUAUAAGUUGGAUAAUAGUGUAUGUGUAAGAAGAAUGCAUUCACUAACAAAAGUCACAUAAUUUUGUAUAUCUUAUGUUGUUCCUUUCACAUUUUUAUUCUCUAUUACAUUUUUGUUUACUUAGCAAGUGUUCCUGUCCACCUUUUGUAAAUGUGCACCUGAUUAAUAUUAUGUAUGGUGACACUGCUAACAAAAUCCCACUGAACCCAGUACUACUUAGGUAGAGAUAUUUUGCAAUUUCUUAAGACGUUCAUGUAAAACAUCCAGUUCAACCCUCGAAUUUAAAAUCACAGCUGGAGGAUUUUGUGCACCAAGCAUCUUUCCUAGCCAGAUGGGAUGUGAUGGUGGUGUUUGUAGCAUAUCUUUCAUAAUUCUUUCCACUGGUGGUCUGUAAUCAGUAUUCUAAAGGCUUGAUUCAAUUGAGCAAAGAAAAGGGAUUUGACCGUAUUAGUUCCUCAUUAGCAUCAUAUUUCUGAAGAACUGCUUAAAUUCUCUAUAAUGCCCUAUUCACUGCCAGACUUGUAAUCAACCAACUGAAGCGAGUGAUUUUAAGAGGCAGGCAUCCCUUGUAGUUAAAGUGAUAAACCUGGUUGGGGGUUAAGUGUUCACUUGCUCAGGGUAUUGACCUACCUUGAUCUGAAUUCACAGCUGUUUCUUCGCUUUUCACUCUCCACCACCCCCUCUUCCCCCCUCAAAAAAAAAGUUUCCUCAUUGAAAUAGCAACAUAGUUUACAGGUUGUGUACAACUGUUUUGGACAAAGUGAAAUAAGCUCAUUCCUUAAACCCCUGAUGUUUGUGCCAAUUGCACAAUAGAAGGUCUUUGAAUCAAAAUCCCAGCCAGUACAGAUGGAGAAUAAAAACAAAUUGACACCACCACCCAGACAUUCUUUGUUGCCUGGAUGCGCAUGAUGUUUAUCAAAGACAGAUUAAUGUGGAGCUCUGUUUCAUACUACUCAUCCCUGCAGCUCCUCCAGUGAAACUGAAGCUGGUGACAAUGGUGUACGAACACACAACAUUUUACUCUACAGUUGACUUAUGAAUUAUAUAAUAAAAAUAGAAAAUGCUGGAAAUACGCAGCAGGUCAGGCAACAGCUGUGGAGAGAGAAACGGCUAACCUUUCAGGCCGAUGAGUUUUUGUUAGAACUGGAAUAUUAGAAAUGAAACAGGUUUUAAACAAGUACAGAGGUAGGGGAAGGACAAAAGGGGAGGUCUGUGAUACUGUAGAAAGCAGGAGUGAUUAAAUGACAAAAGGUGCAAGGCAAAAGAAAUGGGAAUAUUAGACAAGUAAACAAAAGAUGAAUUUAAAGGCGAUAUAAAUGCAAAAAGAAUCAUUGCUGAAAAUAGGGGCAGUGGUUAUGAUUUGAAAUCAAAUCUAAAUUUCAAUUUUGUACAUUAUUUAUUGCCCAUGAUGUGGUGUCUACAAUGGGGAGAUAAGACACAAAUUUAGUGACUAUUUUGUAGAACACCUCCUUAGACUCCACAAGCAUGGUCCAGAACUUAUGGUCAUCUGUCAUUUUAACCCUUCGCCACAUUCCCAUUCUGACCUCUAGGUCUCCUAGGCUGUUCCAGUGAGGUUCAACUGAAGUUUGAGAAACAGCACCUCACCUUUCAAUUAAGCACUUUACUAAUUCUAGUCCUAACAUUGAGUUAAACAAUUUCAGAUCAUAUCCACUGUCCCAAUUUUUUCAGGUGGCAGCUGUUGGUGAUGGUUCUCCUAUUCCCAUUUAUACCUCCUCUAGAUCCAUCUUUUGUCUUUUAUCAUCACUGUUUGUCUUGCACCAUCAAUCCUUUUGCUACUUAAUCUUUCCACUCUGCCACAGACAUUGCCAUUUGUGCUUUCCCCACCGUUGUCUGCCUCUUGUUUAAAACUAGUUACACCUCUAACUUUUUCCAGUGCUGACAAAGGUUAACUGUUUCUCCCCACAGAUGCCUGCCUGAGCUGAGUAUUUUUCUUUGUUUUGUAUUACCAGCAUUUGCAGUAUUUUGUCGUAUUAUGAGCUCUGAAUUUUGAAUUUUGGAAUGAAAGUUGAUGUACAAUGAAAAGGAUUUGGAAUUUAUGGCAAAUGAAUUUUAAUUGGAUUCUGCUAUGCCUGUCUUGGUUUGAAUUAACUAUUUUAAUGGAUGUAUAGGUUGUAGGCAAUUUAUGCUCCUAUUUGCCCUUUUAAAUCUUUGAAAGGAUAUGAAUGCCUCUAUUAUAGUUUUUUCUUUCUUGCAGCAUCCUCAGCUUUGAUCACAAUUGUCUUGUAAUUUGGUUUACAGAAAGCCCACUUACUAUAAGGAAAAAUGGAUAGCAUUCUAAUCUUUCCUGCCACUAUUCUAAUAAGGCAACAUAUUGCCAAGAUUAACCAGGAGGAGAAUUAUUCAAAGUAAAUGAAUAGGGUCUCAAAGGUGGAAAAUUUCUGUCACAAAAGCUGUGCCACCCAAUGUGGAAUGAUUUUCUGCCCCCCCCCCCCCCCAAAGUUUCUUGCUUUUUCGGAUCCUCCAAGCAUCAUUCCAUGGCAGAAGGGCAAGCCAAAUAUCCUUCAAACUAUAACUUGCCUUGCUAUCCCAAUUUUCUCUUUACAUGGAGAAGGCGCUCUUCUCUAUACCAUCUUUCCCCCACUCCUUGAAAGAGAUGGGGAUGGGGGGUUGAGGGGCAGGUGCUAGUUAUAAGGGCCUCAUUGGCGUUGUCUAUCUACCUUCAUUAUAUGAUGCUCCAAUGUGUUAUGUUACUGGUUUGCCUCAGCGAUAAUGAUUUUGAUUUGAUUCAUGCUUAAUAUUGAAAAUUUGCUUAAUUUAGCUAAUUUUCUAAUUAAAUUCUGGAACAUCAGCCAGUGGUGACUUCAUACAGCUCACGAUGUAGCAGCCUAUAAAUGAGGAUUCUGAAGACCUAACAAUAAAAGUAAACCGUGGAAUGAACAAAAUAAGGCCAAAGAUGUAACAAGUUAAAACUGCAUUUUUAUGAGUGUGCUUCCUACCCCCACUGAACAUUUAAACAGCAGGACUGCAUUGUGGGUAAGAAAAGGAUACUGUAAGGUUGAGUGAUUUAACCACCUUCUGUCUGGUUUGCAAUGUAAAGUUGAUGCAUUCUGUGCUUGACGUUGGCAUAGACCGAAAGCCUUUUAUUGUAGAAUUUGCGCUUUGUGUCUCCGUGUGAAGCCUGUACCUUAAAGUAUUGGAUUUCUGAGUCUUGCUGUUGAAAUACUUGUAAAGAAAAUAAUAAAUUUUUUGUAACUCACCAUA